UUUAUGCAUAAAGAUAUCAAAAGAUGGUAUGAGAGAUGAGGAGUUGAAGAGGCAACUAGCUAUAUAAAGUCGCCGUCAUGCCCGGCACCAGAAAGUGCAGCGAGAAGGGGCAAUGUGCGCGCCAAAGACCGGAUACACUCGAACUGGGUGUGCUGAGUGCAGAUAUAAGACAGCAACAACAACAGCGGGAGCAGGAGCAGGAGAAGGAGCGGGAGCUGGAGCUGGAGCGCGAACAACAGGAGCCGGAUGUAGACCAUUGGUCAGCUGCUGCCACACAGCCGAUGGCUGCAACGACGCGUCGCAGUCGCUGGUUUAAUUUUGCCAGUAAAUCGCGACGGCGACGACUGCUACGAUGUGAGGAGGAGCGAAUGCAGCUGGCGGUGGAGCCAGAGCAGGAGCAUGAUCUCGAACAGCAGCAGGUGCGUCUGGCCCAGCCGGAGAUCACGAACAUUGGCAACUCAACUCUGACAAUCGCCUCGCCCGCGGCCACGCACAUCAAGCCGGAAAUGCCAUCGUCAGCGACUACGUCGAGCCACCUGGCCGAUAGCUUCUACAGCUUGGCCAAUGUGGAGGCUGGGGAUGAACCCAAGGCGGUCAUCGAUGUGGAACAGCAGUACAAAGAACAGCCACCGUUCAAGCCGCGUCUUUCCAUGCUACAACGGUUCGCCAGCUGGCGACGCAGUGCACCCGACAGCCUGCCCAGCCGUCGGCACAGUCGCCACCGAAGCGGAGAUCUCGACCCGCAACCUCAGCUCUCGGCCUCGGCGUCGGCUCGUAAUCUACGGCGUCUGUCGCAAAUGCGACGUCGCCGCAGCUCAUACUACUUCUCGGACAAUGAACGCAGAAUCCGCGCUAACGACAAAGAUUUUAACUCUCAGUUUAAGUAUCACAGCAACUACAUCAAGACGUCGAAGUAUACCCUGUUGACGUUUCUGCCGUUCAAUCUGCUGGAACAGUUCCAGCGAUUGGCGAACUUUUAUUUCCUGUGCUUGUUGGUGCUCCAACUGAUACCGGCGAUAUCCUCGCUGACUCCGGUGACGACAGCGAUUCCCUUGAUUGGGGUGCUGACGCUGACUGCCGUGAAGGAUGCCUACGACGAUAUCCAACGACAUCUGUCCGAUUCGCAGGUGAACAACCGCAAGUCGAAGACCCUUCGCAAUGGAAAGCUGGUGGAGGCCAAGUGGUCAGACGUCCAGGUGGGCGAUGUGAUUCGCCUCGACAACAAUCAGUUUGUGGCCGCCGAUAUAAUGCUGUUGACGACAUCGGAGCCGAACGGACUCUGCUUCAUUGAAACGGCCGAACUGGACGGGGAGACGAACCUGAAGGCCAAGCAAUGCUUGAUCGAGACAACGGAGCUGGGCGAGCAGCACGAUCUGCUGUGGAACUUUAACGGCGAGAUCAUCUGCGAGCGACCCAACAAUCUGCUGAACAAGUUCGAGGGCACCCUCAUGUGGAAGAAUCAGCGCUUCGCACUCGACAACGACAAGAUUCUGCUGCGUGGCUGUGUUCUGCGCAACACGCAGUGGUGCUACGGUGUCGUGGUCUUUGCCGGCGUCGACACCAAGCUGAUGCAGAACUCGGGCAAGACGCAGUUCAAGAGCACCGGAGUCGACCGCCUGCUCAACUUUAUCAUCAUUGGGAUUGUGCUCUUUCUGGUCUCGAUUUGUGCGCUGUUUGCGCUGGGCUGCGCCAUCUGGGAGGGCCUGAUCGGUCAGCAUUUCCAGCUAUAUUUGCCCUGGGAACACAUCAUACCACAGGAGAUGGUUGCCUCCGGUGCCACGGUCAUUGGGCUGCUCGUUUUCUUCUCGUACGCCAUAGUCUUAAACACAGUUGUGCCAAUUUCACUCUAUGUUUCAGUAGAGGUCAUACGCUUUGCUCAGUCGUUCCUCAUCAAUUGGGACGAGGAGAUGUAUUAUGCACGUACUCAAACAUAUGCCAAAGCACGCACCACCACGCUCAACGAGGAGCUGGGCCAGAUACAGUACAUCUUCUCGGAUAAGACGGGCACCCUCACCCAGAACAUAAUGACCUUUAACAAGUGCAGCAUUAACGGGCGAACCUAUGGGGAUGUCAUUGACCUGCGCACCGGCGAGCUCAUUGAAAUAACUGAGCAGCAAACACUUUUCCAAACUUGCAACAGCAACAACAGCAAAAACAGCAACAACAGCAACAACAGCAAAAGCAGCAGCGGCGUCAACAAGCGCAGCAGCAGCGCAUCGACGGCAGCCACGCCUACGGCCCCGCCCACCAUAUUAGUGCACACAGCCGAGGUGCAUGCGAAGAAAAGCGCCUUGCUAGUCACCCAAGAUGGCGGCACCCAACUGGCUAGAAGUCCGGAUGAGUUGUGUGGCCGUAUAGCCAGCGAACAGGCGACGCCGGCGAUCAGCACAAUGGAGAAUCCGCUGGCACGCAAGCAGGUGCACUACCUGUCUCCCAGCCGAAGUGUGGCCAACGAGGACGACGUGGACGAUCCCGGCGGGGGCAAGGACGCUCCCGGCAGUCGCAGUGCCAGCCCCAGUGGCAGUCCCAGCGCCAACAGCGGCUUGGGUCCCUGCUUCACGCGCAGUGGGCAGCGCAUGCGUCGUCAGCUUUCCGAGGGGCUCUCCACGAGCUGCGGCAGUGGCAGCGUCAGCGGCGACAAAAUGCUCGAACCGGUUGACUUUUCGGCCAAUCCGCAUCACGAGGUCGACUUUCGGUGGUACGAUCGCACAUUGCUGGACGCGGUGCGGUCCGACGAGGAGCACUCGCAGAAUUUUUUCCGACUGCUCGCCCUGUGCCACACUGUUAUGGCGGAGACCGUAGACGGUCGCCUGGAGUACCAAGCGCAAAGUCCCGACGAGGCGGCCCUCGUCUCGGCCGCUCGCAACUUUGGCUUUGUGUUCCGCACGCGCACACCGAACAGUAUUACCAUCGAAGUAAUGGGUCGCAUAGAGGAAUACGAACUGCUGCACAUACUCGACUUUAACAAUGUGCGCAAGCGGAUGUCCGUCAUCCUGCGACGUGGCAACUCUGUGGUGCUCUAUUGCAAGGGCGCUGACAACGUGAUAUACGACCGCUUGCAUAGCGGGCAGGAGGAUCUUAAGGCACGCACCCAAGAUCAUCUGAAUAAAUUCGCCGGAGAGGGUCUACGCACUCUGGUGCUGGCGGAACGUCGUCUGUCCGAACAGUACUACAACGACUGGCGAUCGCGACAGCAGGAGGCGGCGUUGUCCAUGGACUCGCGCGAAUCGAAGCUGAAUGCCAUUUACGAGGAGGUGGAGAGUGGCAUGCAGCUGCUGGGAGUGACGGCCAUCGAGGACAAGCUGCAAGAUGGCGUGCCCAAGUCCAUAGCGAAUCUGCAGAAUGCGGGCAUCAAGAUCUGGGUUCUCACUGGCGACAAGCAAGAGACGGCUAUCAACAUUGGAUACUCCUGCCAGCUGCUCACUGACGAACUCGUGGAUGUGUUUAUUGUAGACGGCAACUCUGUCGAGGAGGUGGAGAAGCAGCUGCGCCAGUUUAAGGAGUCCAUCAAAAUAUUUGAUCGCUUCCGGCCAGGCGGUACCGAGGCAAUGAAUAACUUCAAUAGCGACAGUAGCAUGGACCCGAUGAGCGUUGCCAUGACGCAGACAUCUGCAUUUAUGCAGGAUGCCAACGGCUCGACCAUGCCACCGCCGCCAGCCAUAUCGGUGGUUACCUUUAGGUGGGAUGCCAAAAUUAAGGAUAAUAAGGGCGGACCGGACAGCGCCGAGUGCAAUGAUAUCUUUGGAGAUCCUGAGAAGAACUCGGAAGGAAGACGCACUGCACCAUCGGUAAUCGCGGACGAGAAUACUGGUUUCGCUCUUGUGGUCAAUGGUCAUUCGCUAGUUCAUUGUCUGUCGCCAGAACUGGAGAGCAAAUUCCUGGACAUUGCGUCGCAGUGCAAGGCGGUAAUUUGUUGCCGAGUGACGCCGCUGCAGAAGGCGCUGGUUGUCGAACUCAUUAAGCGUGCCAAAAAUGCUGUCACACUGGCCAUUGGGGAUGGUGCCAACGAUGUCUCCAUGAUCAAGGCUGCACACAUUGGCGUGGGCAUCUCGGGCCAGGAGGGCCUCCAGGCGGUCCUCUCCAGCGACUAUGCCAUUGCCCAGUUUUGCCACCUGGAGCGUCUGCUGCUGGUGCACGGACGUUGGUCCUACUAUCGCAUGUGCAAGUUUCUACGCUACUUUUUCUACAAAAAUUUUGCAUUUACGCUUUGCCACUGCUGGUAUUCCCUUUUCUGUGGCUUCAGUGCACAGACCGUGUUCGAUCCCAUGUUCAUAUCGGUGUACAAUCUAUUUUAUACAUCACUGCCAGUCCUGGCACUGGGCGUCUUUGAGCAGGACGUGUCGGAUAAGAAUAGCGUGGAGUACCCACGACUAUAUACGCCAGGCCUAAAAAGCGAGCUGUUUAACAUUCGUGAGUUCAUAUACAGCGUGCUUCACGGAGCAUUCACGUCGCUCAUCCUGUUCCUUAUACCGUAUGGCGUUUACAAGGACGGUGUCUCGCACAAUGGGUACAUACUGAGCGAUCACAUGACGCUCGGCGCUGUCGUGGCCACCAUACUGAUUGUGGACAAUACGGCGCAGAUUGCGCUCUAUACCUCGUACUGGACUAUAGUCAAUCACAUAACCAUAUGGGGCAGCCUCAUCUGGUAUUUCGUGCUGGAUUACUUCUACAACUAUGUAAUUGGCGGACCUUAUGUGGGAUCCUUGACGCAGGCCAUCAAGGAUCUAACCUUUUGGAUGACCAUGCUAAUCACAGUCGUUAUGCUGAUGGCGCCGGUGCUCGCCUACAAAUUCUACUUGCUCGACGUCCACCCCAGUCUCUCCGACAAGAUUCGUCAAAAGUCCCUGAAGAAGGUGCACUCGCGCGUCUCCAGCGAUGUGCGCCGCACACCCUCCUCGCGCCGUGGACGCCGCUCCGUGCGGUCGGGCUACGCAUUUGCGCAUCAGGAGGGCUUCGGCCGGCUGAUCACGUCGGGCAAGAUAAUGCACAAGAUGCCGCAGGACUUCGCCUUUCCGCUGGGUCUGGGCACCAAGAAAUCACAGACGCUGCACAACAGCGUAGCCGUCUCAGUGGAUGGCAUGAACAAUAAGCAGCAAAACCACACGAGCAAUAGCGGCGGCAUUAAGACCAACGACAACAACAACACGAAUCUGCGGCACAAUCAAAAUAAUCAGGUCCACUCGUCGAUGGCGGACAUCAGGCACGACGGGCGCGCCAUCGGCGAUACGUAUCAGGGCAGCGCCAGCACCGACGAACUGAGUCCACGUGCGCCCUGCCAAGACCUGGACACCAUCAAUCUUUAAAGCUAAACAACGAACACGAGUGCAGCGACAACAACAGCAAACAACAAAUCAAACAC